UCCCACUCCAAUAAUAUGAUUUGUAUGUUUAUAUGAGUUGGGUAUUUCUUGGCAUUCAAGGUUUCGUUUUUCUUGUUCCUGUCGACUGGUUAUCGUGAAAAGGCGAAAGAGAAAUGGAAAAUUCGAGAGCUUUUGUAGAAGCAGAGAAAGAGAAGGAUCCGUCACAGGAAUUGAGUUUAAUUAGGGAAGUGGCGCAGGGACAUCUGAGUAGAGUCUUUUUGGCCUUGCAUCGCAUGAGUAAAGAGCUCUAUGCUGUGAAGGUCAUGCGUAAGCCCAGUCUCUGUGAAAAAGUGGGUGCCUUUAAAUUGGCGUUAAGGGAGAAGGAUAUCCUCUCCACUUUAGAUCAUCCAUUCCUUCCUUCUCUCUUUACCCACUUUGAGUCUGAUAAUUAUAUCUUUCUCGCUACCAAAUACUGCUCUGGAGGAGAUAUGAGUGUGCUCCGUCUUAGACAGCCCAAUCAAACAUUUUCUGUGUCGGCCACAAGAUUCUAUGCUGCUGAAGUGGUUCUUGCGCUCGAAUAUCUUCAUAAGAAGGGGAUCGUGUACAGAGAUCUAAAGCCAGAAAAUAUACUCGUCCAAGAUAGCGGUCACAUUAUGCUUACUGAUUUCGAUCUUUCCCUCCGCCUUUCUUCUAUUCAGCAAAAAGAAGCUGAGAAGCUGCUUUCUAAUUCCAAAGAUUCCGGCGAGUGUAGCUCUCAACGGUCACAUUCACUGGUGGGAACGAAGGAAUACAUAGCACCGGAGAUUCUGUGGAGCACUGGACACGCUUUUCCGGUAGACUGGUGGUCGCUCGGAAUUUUUCUGUACGAGAUGGUAUACGGCCGGACUCCCUUCUGCGGGGGUAACAGAAAGGAAACCUUUUACAACAUUCUUUGCAAAGAUCCACUCUUUACGGGACCGUUUUCCGCACUGCAAGAUCUGAUCGAGAAACUUCUGGUGAAGGAGCCCUCCAGAAGAUUGGGGACUACCAGGGGGGCAGAAGAGGUGAAAAAACACCACUUUUUCCACGGCCUUCGAUGGGAGGAAUUGGAAUUUGUGUCCAGGCCUCCAUUAAUUCCCUCAAAUUUUUCUUGUGAUCAGUGUUCUGUUUCUUCACAGCAGCGUGGCUUGAUGCCGAAUGAGAAUUUCAGUGCCGAUUCUCACAAGCCACAAGAUUCCAGUUUCGAAUUUUUUUAAAUCUUCUCUGUUCUAAAAUCUCCGUCAAAGAUAGGCUGCCAUUACAAACUUACGCAGAGCAGAACUUGUCAGUCCCACCGUACCAGAUAUUGUUCCUUGUUGGAAGUAAUUCCCUAAGGAGACUCAAAUAAUUCCAAGCUCCCUUUAAUGAAUUUACAGCUUGAUUGAGCAUCAUUACGUUGUAUCUGAUUUACUGGUUGGUGGUAGUACACCUGCUAUUAACAUGUGAUA